UAGCUACGAUCUCGAUCGUAGAGCCAGCACCGUUAUCCUGAUUUGAAAAUGUGGUGCCUCAUUGAGCUCCACACGCUAUUUUCCCGUAACCCUGGGGUGAGAAGGCUGUAUCCUAAUGUUUGGUAUUGAAAGAAGUCUAAAGAACUCAGUCGAUUGUUAUAGAAGCAUGGGGAUUCCUAUGCUUUAACCCAUUCUUUUAGCGGCUUCCCGUGGACAAGAACCAGGCCCUUCGUACCACGCAGUUUAUCCAGUCGCUCCACAUGAGGUACGUGACGUGCGUGUAACUGCCUUUUCAGUCGCAAUGAAACCUUUCAUCGUGCUCGAGCCUUUUUCUUUCCUCCGUCUUCUUCCCUAUGAUGAUGGGAUGCUGGGCGUUGUAAAAAUCAAAAUAAACACGUAAGCUUUUGUUCGAUAAAGGAACGCAAUGCCACGAUCUCUAGUCCAAGACGAGCAGCAUCACAUAGACCACCAACGCAACAUGACACCAGGAAAUGCAAAUGAUUUGAUGGAGCAGACUGAAGACGGUCAACUCGAAAGUAUCCCAGCUCCAUUCGUAGCCCACGCAUUGAAGAGGCUUGCCCCUACGUAUUUUGAUAAUCAAGAGUAUGCUGAUUGCGAGUUGCGCUUAGAAGAUGGUCACUUUCUGUGGGCGAACGAAUUCUUUUUGACCUUCAGCUCAAAAUAUUUUGUCCAAGUCCUGGAAUCAAAACAUGAUGAAGAUGAACUCCAUCCAGACCUAUGCAUAACAACGCACAACAACGUAUCACUCUUUGUCAUAACGUUACCCAUUGACCCUCUCCAUCGAAGAAUACUCCGAGAUAUGAUGUUUGCGGUGUAUCGACAGGAGCAUUUUCGGUGGCUUCAACAGCUAAAUCCUGCUCAGUUUGUCAUUGCUACACAGAUAAUGGAAACGUUAGGCUUCACAUAAAUCAAAAACCAGCUGUAUGCAUCACUAAAGACACGAAAAAGUCGCGGUCGUUGAUCUCUAUACGGCUUACUUCACAACAUGCCACCCCACUACGAAAAAAAGGCGA